GUUGUUGGUCGCCAGUCUGCACAGACAGUAACAGCAUCAAGUGAACAGCAGCAUGGCUUACAUGGCGAAGAUCGGUCCGUCCAUCCUGAGCAGUAACCUGUCGUGUUUGGGCAGAGAGUGUGUGCGGAUGAUGGAGUGUGGGGCGGAUUAUCUUCACCUGGAUGUCAUGGACGGGUCAGUUUGUCUCUAGUUUGAUAGUUAGCUGAGUUAGCAUGCUAACGAUUAGCAAGUCAAUGGGAAGUUUACUGCCUCAGAGCUAAAGUUGGCUAACACCAACAGGCUAAACCAGCAUGUGAUAAGCUUAUCUGUAUACUUACAGUAUUUAUCGGAUAAAGCGUAUUCAUAAGGAGACUUUCUUGACCUCAUAUAGUUAAACCUUCUAAAUCAGCAGACUCCUCCGUCCUCUAUGUAUGCAAGAGGUGUUUAUGCAAGAUGAGAAUAUUUCAUCACAGCAGGAAGUUUAAGGUCUGUUUGUUUCUGUCUAGACAUUUUGUCCCAAACAUCACGUUUGGACAUCCCAUGGUAGAGUGCCUGAGAAAGUCAGUAGGCCAAGACCCCUUUUUUGGUAAGUGAAUGAUCAGGAUCCCCAAACACUUUCCCAUUCAUUUGACUCAUGAGUGCAGCAGCUGUGAUAGAAGUGUCCCUGUUAAUGUUGCAGACAUGCACAUGAUGGUGUCUCGGCCAGAGCAGUGGGUGAAACCCAUGGCUGCUGCAGGAGCCAGCCAGUACACAUUCCACCUGGAGGCUACCACCAACCCCGGAAACCUCAUCAAGGAAAUAAGAGAGAGUGGCAUGAAGGUGAGGAAAUGAUCCUGCAGAGAAGGAAAAGGAAAUACAAGUUUGGCAUGUGCUACGAGUGCAGAUUGUAUUUGGUAUGUUUAUGUGCUGACAGUGUGUAUGUUUUGUAGGUGGGUUUAGCCAUAAAGCCUGGAACUACUGUUGAAGAGCUGGCACCCUGGGCGAACCACAUUGAUAUGGCUCUGGUGAUGACCGUUGAACCUGGUUUUGGAGGACAGAAGUUCAUGGAGGAUAUGAUGCCUAAGGUAAAUAGGAACUGUCAAUGUCUCCCACCCUCUCCACAGUGAACUGGUCCCGCAGAGGAGCACCUUUUAACAGAAGACUCCUCGCUCCAUGAUGCACCACGGAGCGCCACGGGAAAUCUUUCCUGCUGAUGGUCAUCAGACUUUUUGGCUCCUCACUCAGAGACUCUGACACUUUCAGACAGGAGUCUUUACCUGGUCUCUGCUUACUGUUUACAUGCAUACUAUGCUACUAUUUUGUGUUGUAUAUAGUGUACAUACUUGUGUUUUUACUUAUUUUACUUGUUUUAUCUAUUAUUUAUCUCCUCUUUCUACUUUAUUUGCACUGGAGUUACUGUGACAAAAAGCAAUUUCCCCCUGGGGAUUAUUAAAGUAUUUCUAAUUCUGAACCUCACAAUAUAAACCAAGCUUCAGAAUUUGUUUUACACUUUUUAAAAACUUUUUGCUCAUGUUAUAAUUUUCACUUCCUUGCAUGUGACCCAGGUGAGCUGGCUGAGGAGUCAGUUUCCUUCUUUAGACAUCGAAGUAGAUGGAGGUGUCGGCCCUGACACUAUUCACAAGUGUGCAGAGGUGAGGAAUGCAAACAAAUUUACAUCCGUCUGUUAGGAAAAAUCCAGUUUUGUGAGUUUUUAACUUGCUGUAAAUGUGUUUGUUGUCUGCUGCAGGCUGGAGCAAACAUGAUAGUGUCCGGCAGCGCUGUGAUCGGCAGUGACGACCCCCGCUCUGUCAUCUCUCUCCUGCGCACCGUGGUGGCAGAAGCAAUCCAGAAACGCUCGCUGGACCGCUAAGAUGUGUGGAUCAUCAUGUCUGUCCCAGAAUCACAACCCAGCAGCCAGCCGAAUGGACUCAGACUUUUCUAUAACUAAAGCAGAGGUCGGAGGUCAGAGUCAGAGCAGAGGAUGACCGUGUGUCAUAAGCUGAAGUGAGACUACUUUGAUGUGAGUGAAGCUGCACCGUGCCUCUACAGAACUUUUUGGACUUCACUCUGUUCUGCAUCAAUCCCUUCUCUGAGCAGUUAACCCUCAUCACAGCCUGGAUAAGGACAGGAGCUGAGGUUAUGCUGUGAUCUGGUCCUAAAACAUUCCUGAAUUAUGUUUGGUUUUCACUCUUAAGUUUAAGAAUAUGUUAAUUAUGCUUUAAAAAUGUCCAGUCAGCACUGUGUGUAGAAAAUCUCUAGAUUUGCAAACUUGUUUUCUGACUUUUUCUCAAUCUUUGGUCGUAACUCAAAAAAUUUUGGCUCUUUGGUACUGUUUUUUUUUUUUGAAUUAGAUGCACUGCUGAGCUACAAUGAUAUUUACAUUCUGAUACAGGAUUUGGUUUUCCAGAUGAUCCAGAAUCAAAUAAAGGCAACUGUGGAACUCAAGUUCAAACUGUGAUUUUAAAAACAAGUUUUCAGACUCCUAAAAGUCAACAAAUAUAAAUCAUUACAUAAGUUAGCUCACUGAUCUUCUGCUGUUAGAGCUCCUGUGCUGAACUUUGAGUUUGUGUCAAUUUUGGGCCCUCCUUAGACAAAGCAACCUUUUGCUUAUCUCCUCCUCUACUACAACCUCUGGUAAAAGGGUCCUCUGAAUCUUAUUGCUAAAUGUCUUUUUUUCUUUAUUUUCUUUGUAUUUUGUUUCGGUCCUCUGCUACAUUUCAAAACUGCCACAAUAUAAGCAACUGUCUGGACAAACUAAAGUAAGCUAAGAUGUGAAACAGUAAACAUAUUUAAGAGUGUCUGCAGAUAAAACUGCAGGACAAACUUUAAACACAGGAACAAGCUCCUCUAUGACUAACUGCAUCACUUAAAGGCUCUCUGUAAAUACUGACGUUGACGACCUGAAGGUAAAUCGGUAGCACACGCACAGAUCUUCAGGACAAAUGUCUAACCUCAAUUUUAGCAAUUUGUCAUGGCCAUAUCAGCUCCACGGCCUCAGUGUCACGAGAGGAGUCUUGCGCACCCUCAUAAGGGCCACUUUUGACCAAAACGUUUGCAUGCAAUUUGACAUGGCCAGAGGAAAUUGCUUAAAUUGAUGUUUGUUGACUUUGUUUGGAAGUUCUGUGUAUGUGUUUACUGUUUUGCCUUUUGGGCCCAACUGUUGAAUACCAAAAAACAACAUAUUAGCACACUUUAAAAGAUGUAAAUGUUGUUUAAAAAGUCAUGAAUAAUUACAAUUUAAUCAUCUUAUCUAUUACAUUGAAUUCAGCGACUUCAUCAGUUCUUUUACUUGAAAUUCAGGGUUUAAACUUUUCAUUUUAUGGUUCAGUACUUUUGCAUCACACUUCUGACUUAAGACCCUCAUCAAGCUCUCACUGGUAUUCACCACUGUUUCAUCUUUCAAACACUAGAUGGCGAGUUUGCACUGACAUCCCUGACAAUUGGGGGGGUUCCAAGUCAGUACAAGAAAUUAUAUGAUUAAAUUGUAAGCCUAUAUUAUAAAUUUGUAAGCAUGAAUACAUUUUAAACAGCUCUGGAAAUGAAACAGAAAUAGCUUUAAUCUGUCAUACAUUCAGCAUCCACAGUUUGAAGAGCAUUACUGGCUCUGCAGCUAAGAAUGGGACUCAGCUCGAGUGCUGCUAUACAGUAGAGUCUGUCUGUGUGAAUCCUCACAGUGAAGUUCAAACUCCAGCUUUUUACAUUGAAUAUUUAACCUCCUGUCAGUUGUACUGAAGUGAAUCUUGAAGGAUUGGUGCCUCUGACCGUUUUGUUGAAAUCCGAUGGGAUGCACAUUUGAGAGUUGGAUUGCUUUAACAGGAAUCAAUAUAAUAUUUACUGAACCGGAGUGAAAUGUAGAACCCUUUUCCCGAGGACUCCCAGAAAAGACUAAAGAGGUGUCUACAUUAUCUCUCAUGUCUUUGUCUACUCAAAGAAUUUCUCCUGUCAACAGGAAUCACCCAUGACAUACUUCAAACUCCAAGCAGCUCGCUCUCAAUAAUGCAGCACAUGUCUUGGAGGCAAUUCACAGUCUUGCUGAAAUAUUGAUGCCAAAAAUCUGUAUUUUCAUUUCACCGUCACAUAUCAUAUAAUGGCAAAUAAUGUUGUUGUUUUUUUGCUCACCGGAUCAUCUUAUAUGUGUACAUAGGGGGUCCUCGAGAGCAUUUAUAUGUUGUAAGACAGUUUGA